AUAUAUAAGAAGGAAGGACGGAAAGAGAAAGAUGAGAGUUUGGGCCUCACAUCAUCCAAACGAACGAGUGAGUUCCGCGGACUGGUAGUGCCGUGCUGGUUUCUGGAAACCGACUGCGGAAGACUCAAAAAGAAUUUUGUUGGGCGACAAUCAUGGAGCAGAACAACAACAACAACAACAACCACAACAACCACAACCUGGGCGUCCCCAUUGGCGAAUCCCGACGCGAGCUCCUCUCUCCUGUCCCCGACGACGUUCCUUCUUCCUCCAUGGACGACCCCCGCCGCCGCCACUCCUCCUCCGCUCCCUCCUCAUGGCGUCUCAGCCUCACCGAGUUCCGCCUCCCUCCCCGCGAUCACCGCCACCACCCUCGCUUCUCCUGCCGCCACCUCCUCCCUACUCCAAGGAAGGAGCGCAAGAUAGCAGAAUAUUACCAGAAACAGGAAAGCCUCCUUGAAGGGUACAAAGAGAUGGAGGCUAUGACUGAAUCAGGGUGUUUUCCAGGAAGUUUAACUGAGGAUGAAAUGAAGCAGCUGGCAAAGAGCGAAAGAUUUGCAGUUCAUAUUUCAAACAUAGCAAACAUGGUGCUUUUCAUAGCAAAGGUCUACGCUUCCGUAGAGAGCAGAUCACUGGCAGUUAUCGCCUCAACCUUGGAUUCAUUCUUAGAUCUAUUAUCAGGGUUUAUUUUGUGGUUCACGGCAAAUGCUAUGAGGAACCCAAACCAUUAUCAUUACCCUAUUGGUAAGAAGCGGAUGCAACCAGUGGGUAUUAUUGUAUUUGCUUCAGUGAUGGCAACUCUUGGCUUACAAAUCCUGUUGGAGUCUGUUCGAGAAAUCAUCUCCAAGUCACGCCCAGAAACUGAUCGUGAGAAGGAGAAGUGGAUGAUCGGGAUUAUGGUUUCGGUGGCAGUAGUGAAGUUUGCCCUUAUGGUCUAUUGUCGAAGAUUCAAGAAUGAAAUUGUCAGAGCCUAUGCUCAAGAUCAUUUCUUCGAUGUUAUAACUAAUUCUGUCGGUCUGGUGGCGGCUGUCCUAUCCAUCCAAUACCACUGGUGGAUAGAUCCAAUUGGAGCUAUAAUGAUAGCAAUAUACACCAUAAGCACGUGGGCAAGAACGGUGAUCGAGAAUGUAUGGUCGCUUAUUGGAAGAACAGCCCCACCUGAAUUUAUAGCGAAGUUAACAUAUCUCAUUUGGAACCACCAUGAAGAGAUCAAGCACAUUGACACGGUCAGAGCUUACACUUUUGGUUUACAUUACUUCGUGGAGGUCGACAUAGUAUUGCCCAAAGACAUGCUCUUGAACCAAGCCCACAAUAUCGGGGAAGCACUUCAGGAGAAGCUGGAGCAAUUGCCCGAAGUUGAGCGAGCUUUCGUCCAUAUUGAUUUUGAGUUUACUCACAGGCCUGAGCACAAGAAUAAAGUAUGAGGUGGAUGGAUCAUAUCAGACCAUUUAGAAUCAGGCGGCUACUCCCUUUCCUUAUACCGUUUAUUUAAAUGCUUUCACUUGCAUUAGGAAGAGACGUACACGCAAAAGCAUUUUAUCCUCACUGAUAUGUGCUGAAGAUCAGUGUUUGGUUGAGGCAAUGUCAUUAUUAGCAGUAGAACUACUUUUGAAAUAAUGCGCCAUUUCAUUUUGUUCUUUCA